AUGGUCAGCUACAAGCAACUCAGCCUCGCCGGACUGGUCUGGCUUGGCCUUGCUAGCCAGGGACUGGCCUUGGGAAUUGACGAGAACACCAACGAUCUCACUCUCCUGGAGAGGGCUGAUAUCGAGGAAGUCUACGAGCGAGACUUUGAUGACGAGCUCUUCGAGCGCGAAUUUGAUGACGAGUUGUUCGAGAGAGACUUUGAAGACGCUGAGCUUGAGCCCCGAGGAAUGGGUGAUAUGAUCUUUGGCAAAGAGAAGACCAUCAGCUACAACCCAGCAACAAGGCAUCAGGUGGCACUCAACCGUGAGAAGCAAGCUCGUGUUAACUAUGCCAAAGACCAACUCAACAAGCCUACCCCAGCAGCCAAGAAGCCUGCAUGGAAAGGCAAGCGUGGAAUGGGGGAUAUGAUCUUCGGCAAGGAGAAGACCAUCAGCUACAACCCAGCAGACAAGUACCAGAAGCAGAUUGACCGCGAGAAGGCUGCCAAGGCAGCUCGGGUCAAGUACGCCAAGGAUCAACUCAACAAGCCCACUCCAGCGGCUAAGAAGCCCGCAUGGAAGGGUAAGCGAGGGAUGGGUGAUAUGAUCUUCGGCAAGGAGAAGACCAUCAGCUAUAACCCAGCAGAUAAGUACCAGAAGCAGAUUGACCGCGAGAAGGCUGCCAAGGCAGCUCGUGUCAAGUACGCCAAGGACCAACUCAACAAGCCCACUCCAGCGGCUAAGAAGCCUGCAUGGAAGGGUAAGCGAGGGAUGGGUGAUAUGAUCUUUGGCAAGGAGAAGACCAUCAGCUAUAACCCAGCAGAUAAGUACCAGAAGCAGAUUGACCGCGAGAAGGCUGCUAAGGCGGCUCGUGUCAAGUACGCCAAGGACCAACUCAACAAGCCUACUCCAGCGGCUAAGAAGCCUGCAUGGAAGUCUUAG